GUGGUGCUGGCGCCGCUCCAGCUACGCCAGUUUCCGGGGUCGCGCGGACGGGAGCUGACAGGGGUCAAUUCAAGUCAUGCAGGUGGUUCGAAAGACGGGGUCUUGGCUCUUGUGGUCUUGGGCUCGGUCACCGACGCCCGGGGUCGUGGCUGGGGCGCCAGCCUCCACCAUCCGCACCGGCGCCCGGCAGCUACAAGAUGCGGCGGCCAAGCAGGAAGUUGAGGAGAAGGCGGCCGCUCCGGCUCCGAGCCGCAGCAGCUUCAGCAUUUACCCUCCAGUUCCAGGACAGGAGAGCCCUCUGAGGUGGGCAGGAAAGAAAUUCGAGGAGAUCCCGAUCGCACACAUUAAAGCAUCCUACAACAACACGCAGAUCCAGGUGGUCUCUGCCGCCCACCAGCCCCUCGCCCGCGCGUCCUGUGGCACCGAGGGAUUCCGGAAUGCCAAGAAGGGCACCGGCAUCGCCGCACAAACAGCAGGCAUAGCUGCGGCCGCGAAAGCUGCCGGGAAGGGCGUGACCCACAUCCGAGUGAUCGUGAAAGGCCUGGGGCCAGGGCGCUUGUCUGCCAUCAAGGGACUGACCAUGGGGGGCCUGGAAGUGAUCUCAAUCACAGACAACACUCCCAUCCCGCACAACGGCUGCCGCCCCAGGAAGGCUCGGAGGCUGUGACGGAAAGGAAGCCUGCCCCUGAACGUGACCUCAAGUCCUGCCUCCAGCUGGACCUCGUAGAAAGCACACUGUCAGAGCUCUCUCCAGAGGAGGGCUUGCCCGAGACCCUCAGGGAGUAAGACAGAGCUUUGCCCCCUUAUGUGGUCUUCUCACUUGUUCCUUCGACUGGAGACCGGUACCCAGAAGUGACUCAAGAGGAGCCCCAGGGUGGCUGAUGCCCAGACUCCAGGAAAUGCCGCCUCUGCUCUGCAAAAAUAAAAAUGUCUCCACACUUGCA